AAAGCACCACUUGAAUUCCCCUUAUUUGCAUACACGGAACAUUUAUUGUCCAAUCAUAUUUCGCGUGCUCAUACGUCAUCCAAGGUCCACGCCUAUAAAUACCUCUCUUCUUGGCUUGCAAGCGGUGUGUGUUUUCUCAGCAGUUGGAACUGUUUUGAGACGUUGGAGUGGAGAAGCUUAUUUUACCGCGAUGCCGGAGGUGUCGGCAAAGGGGACUACUAUUUCCAAGAAAGGGUUCAAGAAAGCAGUCACCAAGACCCAGAAGAAGGAGGGCCGGAAACGUAAGAGAUGCCGCAAGGAGAGUUACUCCAUCUACAUUUAUAAGGUGCUGAAGCAAGUGCACCCGGACACCGGCAUCUCUUCCAAGGCCAUGAGCAUCAUGAACUCCUUCGUGACGGACAUCUUCGAGCGCAUCGCGGGCGAGGCGUCGCGCCUGGCGCAUUACAACAAGCGCUCGACCAUCACGUCCCGGGAGAUCCAGACGGCUGUCCGCCUGCUGCUGCCCGGGGAGCUGGCCAAGCACGCUGUGUCCGAGGGCACCAAGGCGGUCACCAAGUACACCAGCUCCAAGUGAGCCCACAGAGCUCACAACAGACCCAAAGGCUCUUUUCAG